AUGUCCGACUACCUCUUCGACGGCUUCGACGCUUGCUCCCAGCGGUCGCAUCGAGCUACACCCUCCCCCAGUGAGUUCCAAGGAGGAUCUACGGUUGGAGCCCUAGCCCGAGGCCCCCCCGUGUAUAACGACUGGGCAGAGCCCGCUAUUCCAAACCCUCAAGCCUUCCCUACUGCUCGGGACAAGUUGCGCGCUGGUGCCCAGGCGGAGCGGGUAUUUCGCCCUCCCCCGCACCGUGUUGACCAACCUUUUAGAGCACCAAGGCAGACCCACGGGGACUAUCGCGCCGCCCACCCUGAAACUGACCGCUCUUAUACCGCUGCCGUUCCCUUUUUAUACCAAAACGAGCACGCCGUUGUCUCCCACUAUCCUCCCGCGCCCCCCGCUCCCACUAGGCACUAUGAAGAAGCCAGCCCAGUGACUGAUCCGGCGUAUGCUUGGCAGGAAUUCGUUGUCGUGCGACGGAUUGUACACAAGCUUGAAGACAAGGUUGCACGCUUAGAAGAGCUAGUACUUGAAUUGAAACAGACCUGUUUCAACAUACCUUCACGACCACAUGCGUCGACUCCUUCCCUGGGUCCCAGCGACUCCGUUUCGCAUACAGGCAACAUCUCGCACGUUGACAUAGAUGACGGCGAGGAGGAGCUCCUUGCUGCAUAUCAAGCCUACUUGAGACGGCCGGACGCUCUUGAGAAGCCCUCCGCGAUCCCCGAUACUGUGCUCUGGACCUUCAAAUCGGCGCAAGACAUCGGCGCUCUCGCAGGCUUGAGUGCGAAAAACCACUACAGGCCCUCGUUCCAUAAGGCCCUUCGGGAUUCCAAAGGCAAACUGUUGGAUCCAGCCGUAGUUAAGCUCAUCAAGAGGACUGCCUCCUCUCUCGCUGAUCGAAUACUUGCAAUCCAUCCGUUAGAUCAGGUCCAGGUCGACGUCAAGCAAAUUCGGGAGUACUACCGAAGCAAACGGCCCGACCUCUGGUAUGGUUCCAUCACGGUGCUGGAGACACGACACAAGGAGGUAGCCUUAUGUUCUGCACACUGGAAGGCAGAUCAUCUGAUUGGACAGUCAAUCACGAAUGCCAGGAAGGCGGCAAAAAAAGCACAAACUGGCGAGGCUGAUAGUGAUGACGACGAAGGAUCCGUACACGGCACACUCAAGAAACGACCGGCCAGGGCCACCACCCCAUUACCAUCGGCCCCCCCCUCUAAACGCCCUCGAGUCGGGGAGAAGCCAAGGGCUCUGCCCAAGCCGCUUCAUGGUCACCCUGCCAAGUUACCAGACGAGGCCGUGUCCAAUGCCACAGCGCAGGUCGAUCGCCCCCCCUCCCCCGCGCCUACGAACGAGCCCAUUCCGAGUGUAGAUGUGCUUUCGCCCACACUGUCUACGCCGAGCGUAUUCACCCCGUCAUCGUUUGCGCCAAGCUCGUCAAUGCUGCAGCCACCACCCCCGCCACCUUCUUCUUCCGUUAGCAGUGCCCCUCCCUCGCUGGCAUUCCCCGGUCAUAACGCCCUGUCCAUGAUCAAGACUGAUGACGGCUAUGAGAACCUCCAACGUACCAUUCAAAGCUCGCAAUUUCAAUUUCCUGAAGCAUUAAUCAAUCUCGCGGUGGACCUUUUGGCUGCUAUGGAGCAAUCACCUAGGCACGGCGGGUACAGUUUCCCAACGACGGAUGUAAGCACACUCUUGGUUCGGGUCCAGACAGCAGACCCUGCCUGCAUGGAAAACGAAGAAGAUUUACAGGACAGCUGGGGUCAUUGGCAAUGGACAGCGGGGUCCCUCACCAUCGCUGGAGCCAUCACUUCGUGGAAAUCGGUGGGCAAUACAGAGACGGCUCGACAACUCAUUGCUGCUGCAUUGACAACCUGCAAGGCUGCUCGGUAUCUAUGCAUAGGCAUGAGUCGGAAACCCCAGAGCUACCUCAGUGAUAUUUACUUGGACCGAAUAGUCUCCACACUCUCUGAUGCUUGGAAGCGGUCAGGAGGGCCCCUCAACAAAGGUAAAGCUCAGGCAGUAGUUUCGGAGCCUGCAGCUCCUGAGGGAUUGGAUACCUCAGCUUCCGGUGGAGGCGGCGGCGACCUUAACGAAGUCGAUGCUUUGGCCGAAAGUGAGGGACACCCGACCGCGAACGACGAUCCACAGAGUGCGCCAAUGCGCGCUGAAGACACCACUUUUCGAAAGAAACUUGAGGAGGUUCAUCUGCCCGAUCUCAAGACCCUGGCAGCUAAAAAGCAGAUAUCCAAUGCUCGUUCCAUGAAUAAGGCAACAUGUGUGUCCGCCUUGUUCAAUCUCCCUCCAUGCAGCCGCCCUAGCACCGAUGAGCUCGAUGCAAUGAUUGCAAAGCGCGUCAAGAAGGCCAAGGUACCCAAAUCGGCCAAAUCGGUCAAGCCUACCCACGCCAACCAUUCUCCAAUCGACGCCAAUGACACUGGUGGUGCGCCAGAAGAUCCCGACAAAACGGCGUCAGCACCUCGUCUCAUUGCCAAAGCCACCGACCUCCAUCCCUGA